CGAGUCACAACAUUCCUCUCUCUCUCUCUCUCUCUCUCUCUCUCUCUAUUAGGCAUUUUGCUAAAACUUUUCUCUCAUCAAAACUUUGAAAUGGCAAGAAAGCAAAGCAUUUUGAUGUUGUCUAUUGUUUUCUUGCUUCUUUUGUUGGUAGAUAAUCAUGCUGCCAUGAGUGAGGCUCCAACCCCACAGCCUCAACCAAACAGCAGUAAUCUUCCCCAGCAUGGCACCACUCAAGGAAGCCUCAAUCCACAAGAAUGUUCUCCGCGAUGCAGCACGAGAUGCUCGAACACAGCAUACAAGAAGCCAUGCCUAUUCUUCUGCCAAAAAUGCUGUGCAAAGUGCUUGUGCGUGCCUGCAGGAACUUAUGGAAACAAGCAGUCCUGCCCUUGUUACAACAAUUGGAAGACCAAGAGAGGAGGACCCAAAUGCCCUUGAAUUUUGAAAAUGGCUGUCCUACGACUUUACAGUUUUGGGUAUUAAGUCAUUCUAUACAGGUGAAAGAUUGCUUAAUGGACUUCCUUGUGUUGUAUUUGCAUAGUACUAUGAAUGCAAUUGGACUUUAAAGUAACAA